CUCGACUCUUGAACAAAAAGCAUGGCCCCACUGAAUACUGAAUUUUACAUUCGAAUAGGUAAUUUGUAACUGUUUAUAUUAGUAACAGUCUAAAAUGUCCAGUAACUUUUAUUUUAUUAAAUGGAAAAAUGUUCUGAAUUCUUUAGAAGCAUUACUCCGAACAGAUCUAAAUUACCAGAAAAAGGCACACGAUAAACAACUGUGUGAAGCUGUGCUACGUCUGUCUAGUGUUUUAGCUAGAUACUCAGCUCUAUAUAAUGAAGCUUCCGAGUGUUUGCAUAACAAUUUGCAAGUACAGAAGAAGAAAUAUAUGCAGGAGCUGAUAAAAACUGUUGAAAAUAGAAUCAUAGAAAUAAAAAAUGAAUUGCAAAAUUUAGAAUGUAGUCAGUGUCAUUUCGUCGGUAACGGUGUCGCUCGGGAGAUUCUUACACCGGACAACACACAAUUAAACGAUCUUCCAUUAGUAUUUAAAAGGUGUGAUGAAAUCGAAACUUUGAUAAAGGAGACUUACAAGAAAAUUCAAGGAAAAAAAGCCAUAGAUGAUCUAACUAAGCCGAAAGAUGAUCAAUCUAUUAAAAAUAAAACAUUAGUAAAAGCAAUCAAUUGGUGGGAGGAUGACUACGAAAGUGAUUUAUCACAGAUCAGUUUAGAAAAAGACGAAGAUAAAAUAUCUGAAGACAUUAUGAAAAGCAGAUAUUUCAUUGAUAUGAUUAAAUCGCACGAAAAGUCAAGACAAACAAUCAGCUUGAUGCGAAGUCGAGCGUACAGUAGACGAAUCUGGGAGAGAGAAUUAAGCGGCACAUUGAAACACGCUCCUUACGCUUUGAGGGAAAAAAGUGCCAAUCUCAUUCAAAUCGUUUUAAGAGCUUAUUUCGCAGCAAAACGUAAGGCCCAAUUGAAAAUAAGAAACGAUGAAAUAUUAGGCCUUCGGUUGAUCGGAUCUGCUAGAUUACAGAUGGCAAUUAAUACGGCGGAUGACAAAGAAGUAAUCCUACUCAAAUAUCAGGGGGAAUGCGAACAGCAAAGCAAAAUAACAAAACAAAGAUUAAUUGAAUCGAAAGGAGCUGAAUUAAUGGAAGAUUACAGGGGUUUUAUUAGAAACUGGUUUUAUGAUUGGUAUGAACAAAUUAAAUUCUUCCACGAGCUACCAACGGAUAAAGAAGGCGGACUUGCUUCGAUUAUCAAAGAGGAGUUGCCUUCACCAGCGCAAUGGCUCGAAGAAUAUAAUAGGUAUAUGCAUGAAAAAGCUUCGAACAAGACAAAAACAGCACUUCAAAUCAAAUGGGAAAAAAUGAAAGAAAAGCAAGAGUUGAAAAUAAAAAAGAAGGAAAAGUCGAUUCAAAAUAAAAUAGAAGCCGAAUUAAAAAGGAAAAUGAUGAAAAACCCAAGCUUACACCCUGGCUUUCGUUACCCUCCUUCUAGAACAACAGAGCUGAUUUUGAAGGCUCUUGAACAUUAUCAUAAAGAUUGGGAUUACUUGGACGAACUAGACACAUUAGAUGUAAAAAAAGGCUUUGUCGAACGAUUUAAUAUUGAAGAUUCUUGGAUGAAAGCAAAGAUGGAGGUUUUAGUCAACGUACAGGACGACAUGAGAAACGAGUACAAAAAACUAAAAGCUGCCUUGAUUGAAGACUCCACACGAAAUAAUGAAAAAAUACCAGAAGCAAUAAAAAAAGUAUUGAAACCAAAAUUUAAGCAUAAAAAAUUCGCAAAAGUUUCGAACGAUAACACUAGUGAACUCAUUGAGAAUCUUGUUAAUCGAGGCAUCCUAAUAGAAUAUCCUAAAACGAAACUAGAAGAUUUUAUUGGUGAUCACAACUUUGCCGGAGAAGAUUUACGUUACACGUUUCAACAAGCUUUACCAUACAAUGGUGACACAAGGAGCAUGUGGUGGAGGGUGUGUCGUGAUGUAAGCCAGGGUCAUCAAAAAAUACUACUCGUUGGACCCAAUGGCUGCGGUAAAACUAAACUAGUACAUGCGCUGGCAACACUAAACAAUGCAGUUUUAUUUGUAUUGGAUCCGACGGUUUUGAAAAAUGAAUUAACAGCGAUACACCUGGAUAAGCUGUUGGACAGCAUCAGGACUUGCGCACUGAAUGUUCAACCAUCUGCGAUAUACAUAAAACAUUUACAGUAUAUUUUUUGCAAAAAGGUGCCUACCGAAGAGGAUUUAGGGAUCAGUCCAAAAAUAAUCAAAAGGCACAUCGUGAAGAAAUUACUAAGAACGACACACAGAACACAUAGAAUAACUAUUAUAGGAGGCUGCACCGAACCGUGGACGGUGCGGAGUAAAGAGCUUCUGCAAGCUUUCCCUAAAGUUCUGCUCUUGCCAAACACAUGUUAUCCCGUGAUAUUAGAGCUACUGCAAGAUUGGGUUACGCGUAACCAUGAAAUACCGAAUGACUUUGAUGUGCACAGCCUAGCUCACUUACUACAGAGCUACAACUUCGGAUACUUGCAGGAGACCUUGCAGAGUUACUUAACACCUAAAAUAACUUUAGAGAUAGCCAUUAGUGGAUUGUCGCCUGUUCAAAUACAUGAACAUAUUCUCAACGACGAUUCGGCCGUAAAAUGUGAUUACACAAAAUAUUCUAAAUGGUAUUCAGAGAAAACUCAUUGGGGUAGAAAAGAAAAAAAACAUUUAGAAGAACAAAGAGAAUUUCAAAAAGCGACAGAUUUGUUUAUUGCUGAAAAAAACAAACAAAAGAAUCGGGAGAAAGCUGUGACAGGAGACAAAUCUUGAAAUCCAUCUAUAUAAUUUCAAAAUAUUACCGAACUUAAAACUAUUAUGAUCUCUUUGAAUUAAUUACUAUGCAUCGAACCACUUCUUUUUUCUAAAAUGAACGUACGAUGAAUGAAUGAAUGAAUGAACGAACGAAUGUACAUUUUCAGACUUCAUAUCAGUAGAAGGUAAAAUAAAAUAAAACUUCUUUCUAAUUCUAAAUCGAAAGCAUUUAAUAAAGAUCGCUAUUCAAACAA